GUGGGAGGGACUGUCAACAGCAGUUUUACUGCAAAGCUGUCAAGGAAGUGCAGCCUCAGUCCCGAUGAAACCGGGGGCUGUCCGGGGUCUGCCGGAGUGACUUGAGGCGCUUUCCAGCUAUGUCCAAGGACACGGAGGGAGUGAGCGAGGAGAUCAUGGAGUCCAAGGUGCUGUGGUACCCGGACUCCAAGAAAAACACGCAGAUGGACAGGUUCAGGGCUCAGGUGAACCGGGACUUCGGGCUCAGUCUGGCUAACUACAGUGACCUGUACCAGUGGUCGGUGCAGAGCUAUCCGGAGUUUUGGGCGGAGGUGUGGAAGUUCUGUGGGAUCGUCGGCUCGCAGACUUACGAGGAAGUGGUUGACGUGACAAAGGGCAUCUCUGAUGUUCCCGAGUGGUUCAGAGGCUCUCGGCUCAACUACGCUGAGAACCUCUUGAAGCACAAGGACAAGGACAAAGUGGCUCUGUAUGCUGCAACGGAGGCCCGGGAGGAGAUCACCAAGGUGACGUUCGGGGAGCUGCGGCGAGAUGUGGCGCUGUACGCCGCCGCCAUGAGGAAGAUGGGCAUCCUGGCGGGGGACCGUGUUGUGGGGUACCUGCCCAACGGGAUCCACGCCGUGGAGGCCAUGCUGGCCGCCGCGAGUAUAGGGGCCAUCUGGAGCUCCACGUCUCCGGACUUCGGGGUGAACGGCGUCCUGGACCGCUUCUCCCAGAUCCAGCCCAAACUCAUCUUCUCCGUGGCCGAGGUGGUCUACAACAACAAGACCCACGACCACAUGGAGAAGCUGCGCAGCGUCGUGAAAGGUGGGGCGAUGGGGGAGACCACCGGGGAACUGAACUUCCUGCGUUGGUGGAGUCUCGGCGGGGUCGUGACCCCAAUGGCCGCGGUGCUGACGCGCGUGCGCGUGUGUUGUUUUUCUCCCCAGACCGGCUGGAUGAUGUGGAACUGGCUGGUGUCCUCCCUGGCUGUCGGGGCCUCGGUCGUGCUGUACGAUGGCUCUCCUCUCGUCCCGUCUCCCAAUGUGCUGUGGGACCUGGUGGACCGCUUGGGUGUGUUUCUGGACGACUUCCUGGCCACGGGCAAGGAGGGGGACCAGGACCCCCAGCUGGAGUUUGAGCAGCUGCCAUUCUCGCACCCCCUCUUCAUCAUGUACUCCUCGGGGACCACGGGGGCGCCCAAGUGCAUGGUGCACUCCGCGGGGGUAGGUCCUGACCGCUCCUGGGGCCGAACUGGGGGCACAGCGGGGGUGGGCGGCUGUAAGGUCCGCAGGCGUUGGAAGAUAGCUCUAAUAACAGUUUUUGGGACGGGGGCGAAGUGGUUAUCUGUGCUUGAAGAAAGGAACCUGAAACCAGCGGAGACCCAUAACCUGCAGACUCUCCACACCAUCCUGUCCACGGGCUCCCCCCUCAAGCCACAGAGCUACGAGUACGUCUACCGUUGCAUCAAGGGCAGCGUCCUGCUGGGCUCCAUCUCAGGUGGCACGGACAUCGUCUCCUGCUUCAUGGGGCAGAACUUCACAGUGCCGGUGCACCGCGGGGAGAUCCAGGCCCGGAAUCUGGGAAUGGCGGUAGAAGCCUGGAGUGACGAAGGGAAGCCCGUCUGGGGGGAGAGCGGCGAGCUGGUGUGCCUGAAGCCCAUGCCCUGCCAGCCAACACACUUCUGGAACGACGAGAACGGGAGCAAAUAUCACAAGGCCUACUUCUCCACCUUCCCCGGAGUUUGGGCCCAUGGAGACUACUGCAAAAUCAACCCCCACACGGGAGGCGUCAUCAUGCUCGGCAGAAGCGAUGGCACGCUGAACCCCAACGGUGUGCGGUUCGGAAGUUCGGAGAUCUACAACAUCGUCGAAGCGUUUGAGGAAGUGUCCGACAGCCUUUGUGUUCCCCAGUACAACAAAGACGGCGAGGAGAGGGUGAUUCUGUUCCUGAAGAUGUGUCCCGACAAAACCUUUAGCGAGGGGCUGGUGAAGAACAUCCGCCAAGCCAUCCGAGAGGCCCUGUCUGCCCGCCACAUCCCAGCCCUCAUCCUCGAGACUCAGGACAUUCCGUACACAAUAAGCGGGAAGAAGGUGGAAGUCGCGGUCAAGCAGGUGAUCGCCGGGAAGGAAGUGACCCAGAUAGGAGCGUUCUCGAACCCGGCCUCUUUGGAUCUCUACAAGAACCUGCCCGUACUGCAGAACUUCUGAACCGCUAUUCUCAGGAGGAACUGUUCCAUCCCAUCGGACCUUCACUCGCGGGACAGUUUUAAACCCGGUGGUUCAAAUCAUCCGGGCGCAGGAUUCAGCCGGCAGGAGGUCUGCCCAGGAGGGAAGAUCUGGUUGGGUCUGGCACCAUGGCAACACAUGGCGUCAUUUGUACAUAUGCAUUCCUUUUUAAUUGUUUUUUAUUGUAAAUGAAUGGUUCGCAUUUUUCGGAGACACUUCGGCGUACUGUGUUCUGGAGAAGAAGCACGCACGGGUGACACUGUUAAUUUAAAGAGAGAUUGCCGAUAAGGCCAUACAGUUCUUAUCUAUAUCAUACCACAGCCACACAGAGUCCGCCAUAGCACCGCAGUAAAGCCUCUCCCUGCCUUCCGAUUUCCUCAACCCAGCCUCCUCUGUCAGCUAAGGGAGCAAGACUGCUCGGGGGCUGAUGAGAAGAGCAGGGACAGAAUGGUGACCCCAGUUCCCAGUAUGUUAGGAGCUCUUUUCCUCAGUCCAGUCCUCAGCUGGCAUUGUUGAGGUGGGUUUCUGAGUGCACACAACAAGACAAAUCCAAACCAAUUGGGCCCCAUCAGAGUCCUUGCUCAUGAGCUGGAUUUUGUUAAACAAAAUGUGUUCUCCCAUCAUCGCAUGUAUAUUUGAGGAAUCGUGGGGCACGCUGUGCAAAAGCGUUUUCCUCCUCUUGUAAGCCGUUUGAGGGGUGUGUAAACCUCAGGGUUUUGUAAUGCGGGGCUCCCGGCUGCAUUUCUCGUUCCCAGGGAAUUCCCAGAACCUGCCUGCAGAUGACAGGUGCAUUAAGGAGCCUCCUCAACAGAGGCUGCUGGACUGCUGCCGUCUCUGGAGCGCAGAAGUCCAAACCAAAGUCCGUCAGGUUGCGUCGGCUUCAAAUAUCCGUCCUCGGGGUGGCAAAGGAGAGCCCUGCUCAGGUGCCAGUCCUCCAGUCUCGUGUCGUUGUGCCAGACUGAGAGCAGAGCUGUGUCCCAGAGCAGCAGGCCUGCGCUGCAGUGGGUGCCAGGCGGGGUCAUGCUUUAGAACGAAGAUGCCAAAGAGCAGCCAUGCGGUAAAAACAGAGUAAAGCAGAGGGAAAUUGUGGUUGAAGCAUGGAGCAGCAGGAUAGAGGGUCGUACAGAACACAAGGAAAUGUAAGAUAUUGUAAGGUCAAUGAAUGGUAUAAGAAUAUAGAAAAGCCAAGGGAAACUGCAGAUAUUGUGAAACUUUAGUGUGGCAAUAUGUCAGGUGACCUAAUCCAGUGUAUUCAAAAUAAAAUCACAAGACCUGUAUCUUAGUUUGGAAAAUAGCAUAGUACCCUUAAAUAAAAAUCUUCCGUCACAUUUUUGCAAUAUACCAGUCUACACUUGAAUCCUCUGGGGCACUGCGGGCACUGGGCACUGGGCAGUGAGCAGAGAGCCAUCGAUCGAAUGGCUCAUUCGUGAAUGAGCCUGUCAGGAAAAUCAAAGAUGCCAAGGCAACAGGGAAGCAGACUUUAAAAAUCUUUUUACCUUUGUGCUUUUAAAGGAGUGUUGUGCAGGUACUGCAGGUGAUACUGUGUACGAAAUACUACUGAGAGCAAAUCACACCAAGGUCCUCAGGAGUCUUCAAGUUGUGAAGUACAGAGGUACAGAAGAUUGCAUGCUACAGUGGUGUUCUUAUGAGCAAGCUGUAAAAACAGUUUUUUAGUCUUUAGGAAUUGCAUUAUUUUUGUUUAAAAGGCAUGGAAAGAAGAUCUUUUUGAACUUUCUAUAGUAAUUCAUUGUGCUUAAGGUCUUGCAGCUCAUUGCAACUGCCAACCAAAGCUUUUUGCAUGAUGUGUAACUGCAACGGGGGUGGAACACAUACGCUCUCAGUCUGUAAAAACCUGAACGUGAGAACGAGUCCCUAGCUUGUACGCAGCUCACAGAAACACACUGACAGGCUUGCAUCUGUGCAGUCAGAAGGCAGGACUUGCAGCUUCCAGUGAUAAUGCAUCUGUAGACGUGAGUCUGUAAGCAGUUCCCAGGGAGAGUCCAUUCUGGGAUCUAUCCUUUAAAAUCAAGUCAGUCCGUCCUGGUUUUGUCCUUCCAGUUUGGAGCCAUAGCAGUGCUUGGAAAGCUGUCUCGUGGUUGUCGAUUUCUUGCUGCUGUCUUCUUAUGUAGUAUAACCAACCAAGGCCUGUGUGUCUGUCCCAGUGACUGAUACAGCCCGGCUGAAGUUGUGAUUAACUACAUCUGUGAGGGCCAGUGAACUUCUCUGCUCUCUCUGGCUUUUCUGACAAAAUGACUUCUGGGAUUUUGUGGCUAAAGCUUUAAACAUGAUCAUUCUCCAUGAAGAACAGUUUACUGCAAGUCUCUAUUCUCUGUCCACAGGGGCUUUUUAGAGUUGUUUUUAUUUCAUGUUUUGUCACAGUGCUGUCUUAUUUUUCACCUGUCCGUGGACUUGAAUCUUUAUGCAAAGGAACAAACUAACUUUUCUUUUUGUGUCCUAGGAAAAGUCCGGUCAGGGCUGUUCUAUAUAUCUUCUGUCGAAUACUUGCGUUUUCUGAACGCGGCGGUUUUGCGUUCAGGGAAACGUGCCUCAGCAAAUUUCUCGAACUCGGAUCUCUAAAAUUAGUUCUGCGGAAAUGUAUUCGUUCUCUGUCUGUUGGGGUGUUCCCUGGAAGUGAUUUAGAAUGAGUGUCCCAGAGACGAUUAAGGCUUUUAAAUCGGAGAACAGAUGGGGGAAAAAAUUGUACCAAUAGAUCGGCAAUCUGUGAGAACAAAUAAACUUACUCACCUGACGCGAGGUGAGAAGUUCAACCCUUUUUCACAAAGGUGAAACAGCAGGUUUCACUCAAUUUCAUCUGGGAUAAGCUGGGCGUCUUUCCCUCGGCUGUAUUCUGAAAUACUUCCAGUAAACCCAGUGAAGUUGUCAAAGAAAUGUGUGCAGUCCCUUUCUCCACAAGCCAGCAGUGAGGACUGGGGAGCCGGGCUUCAGACUGACUGAAGGGUUGAGGGCCCGAAUCUUGGGCGAGACACUGCUGUUGUAUCCUUGAGUAGGAUACUGGACUCAGGCUUCUCCUCGAAAUGCGCUGCCGUGAUGUCAGGUUUCCGAGAAGGUCGCUGGAAAUGAGAAUUUGUUCUUGUUCAACUUCCCCGGUGCAAUAUAAAAAACAGAAUCAGUCCUGAAGCAGCUGGGGUGUGUGCUGGUGGCCGUGCUGUGGCUGUGGAGCAUUCCCUCCUGCGAUGUGAAUCCUGUUUUUCUCUGUCUGUUAUGUGAAGUCCAUAACACUAUGGCUAAGCAGUGGGUACCAGUGUUGAGUGUUUGUCGGUGCUCAUAUUUCCAUCUGCCAUCUCAGCGUGUGUUCCUUUUUAAAGUAGAGGGUAGGUAGGUGUAGGUAGGUUUUAUAAAAACAUUGUAAUUGUUCAUUCUUGUGUUGUGUAGAUCUGUUGCAUUUUUGAUCACGUGGUUCACUGUCCAUCUGUGGACUAGCUGAAAGAAGUCUCUCUCAGUAACAAGGUUAUAUUUAUAUAUAUACACAGACUGUACCUGUGCUGAGGUGAAAUAAAGUGACCGUAGCAACUCAA